GACGUUUCGCCUCUCGUCCAAGAGGCUUCCUCGGUUCGUGCCUUUACAGUCACGUACAGUCACGCCGCGGCCCCGAGAACUGAGGCCGGCGAAGCAACCAUGGAGUCACUCCCAAAAACCAAUCGCAGCCACGCCCAGUCAAAGGAGCUGGAGUGGGAUUUACCGGAGGUGUGCGCGCCCUCGGUGAGCGGCACCACUUUCCUGAUUGUCGCUUACAGUACAGUGAUAGCAGUGGGACUUAUUGGCAACUCUUGCCUGGUGUUUGUCAUCAGCCGGCAGAAGGAAAUGCGCAACGUCACCAACAUCUUCAUCGCCAACCUGUCCUGCUCCGACAUCCUCAUGUGCAUUGUGUGCCUGCCCGUCACCAUCAUCUACACUUUAAUGGACCACUGGAUCCUGGGCGAGGCUCUCUGUAAGCUCACCCCCUUUGUCCAGUGUAUAUCGGUUACCGUGUCCAUCUUUUCCCUCGUCCUCAUCGCCUUGGAGCGCUACCAGCUGAUCAUCCAUCCCACUGGAUGGAAGCCUGUGGUUGGCCAAUCCUACCUGGCUGUGGCCGUCAUCUGGGUGGUCGCGUGCCUCAUAUCUCUGCCUUUCCUCUCCUUCAGCGUCCUCACCGACACGCCUUACCAGAACCUGAGCAUCCCCCUCCCGUUGAGUGACCACGUUGUCUGUAUGGAGCACUGGCCUUCGGAUAACAACCGGCUAAUCUACACCACUUCCCUGCUCAUCUUUCAGUACUUCCUCCCACUCACCCUGAUCAUGAUCUGCUACCUGCGCAUCUACCUGCGCCUCAGGAGGAGGAAGGACAUGGUCGAGCGGGCCAGGGACUCCAACCUAAAGAAGAUGAAGGGCUCCAAGAGGAUCAAUGCCAUGCUAGGCUCCAUCGUGGUGGUGUUUGCGCUCUGCUGGCUCCCUCUCAACAUCUUCAACACGGUGUUCGACUGGAACCACGAGGCCAUCUCGUCCUGCCAGCACGACGUCAUCUUCUCAGCCUGCCACCUCACGGCCAUGGCCUCGACUUGCGUCAACCCCAUCAUCUACGGCUUUCUCAACAGCAACUUCCAGAGGCAGCUCAAGUCCACCCUGAUGCGCUGCCGCUGCUGGGGGUCAACGGAGAGAUACGAGAGCUUCCCCCUCUCCAUUGUCAGCACAGAGGCCACCAAGGGGUCAGUCUUGAGCAAAGGAUCUUUGAGCAUCAAUACUUAAAGCCAGACCUUUCAGUAAGGGACAAAGGAAAGUAUACUUGGGGCCUUCCUCAGCUUGCCAUUUACAUCCGUUGGUCAUCUGUCAGAGCUUCUCAUGUUUUGUUGUGUGCAAGAACG